CAUCAUCGUUGACACUCUGUCGUUGAACAGAUUUGAGAGAUCCAUAUUUUGAAAUUGUAUAAAGACACACGAAAAAUAGCGAUAUUUCUGAGACCUCCGAUAAUUGACUGACCGUUCAAUAAGAGCUUGAAGCAUUCGAAAUCGGAAGCGGUGCCCGAUAACAUUUUCCAAUCAACAAAAGGAUAAUGUUGAAUCCAGUCACAAUCAUUCUUCAUAUCGAAUUCGAAACCGUAUCACUGUCAUGACAACGCUGUAGUUUAGUCGAUUCCACCACACAUCCUAAAUAUGGAAAUAUUUAUGGAAGACGCACUCGCAAAUGCACGACAAGCACUUACCAAUAAGGAAGUACCUGUAGGCUGUGUUUUCGUCUAUCAAAAUGAAAUAAUUGCAAAGGGUGCAAAUCUGGUCAAUGACACAAAAAACGCCACCCGGCAUGCCGAACUGAUUUGUAUCGAUCAAGUGUUGACGUAUUGCCGAGACAAGAGUCUACGUUUUCACGAUGUAUUUAGCAAGGUUUCCGUUGUUGUUACGGUUGAACCGUGCAUUAUGUGUGCGGCCGCUUUGAACGAAUUGAAUGUGAAGGAGAUUUUAUUCGGAUGUCGGAACGAUCGCUUCGGCGGUCAGACUGUAUUGAAUGUAUUCGAAUUAAUUGAAUCGAAAGUUAGAGUUGUUGGUGGUGUUCGGGAACACGAAGCGAUGGAAUUGUUGAAGGAAUUUUAUAAAGGUGAAAAUCCAUCGGCACCGGUAUCGAAAGUACGGAAGUAAUUUCUUGUAGAGGAAUAAAAUUUUGGAUUUAUUUA